AUGUCGGGAAAGAAGAGCCAAGAAAAGUCUUGCAGUGACAACAAGCAACUGGAAGAUCCUUCUUCUAGGCCUGAGGUACAGGUUCCUGUGAACUACGUAUACCGCCUACUGCAGGAGGAGCAAUAUACCCCCUGCCUAGGUUCCACAACUUCAGAUUUCCUCCUUGCGAUGCUUGAUUACCUUACCGACUACAUCCUGGAGGUGGUGGGCUCCGAAGCCAACAUCAACAGCCAGCAAAAUAUCUCACAAGAUAGAGAGAGACAGAGAGACCAUGACCGCGAAUCCCCUCAAGCCUUCAAGAACGCGCCUUUCUCUCUGUUUGAUGAGAUGCCUGGACCCAGAAGGAAUGGCUAA